AACUCACUGCUGCGGUGCACCGCGACAUCGCUGACGACCGACACGUUAUAGAACGCUUGCGCCGUCUUUAACACAUAAGAAAGAAAGACGUAACAGCGUGUCAAGACUCUAGUACUUAACCGCGGCCAUGAGCUUUUUCAGCAGGUCGAACAACAGCCCGGCGCCGUCUCCCUAUUCACGCUUGACCGACAAUUCAUCCUCGCAUUCCCUGCCUCCCAGAGGAUUGCCCCGCGGCCCGCCCCAGAGAUACGACGUUCCCUCAGCAGAGAAGCGCUCGUACGACCGGAAACCACCACCGUCUCACGGUAUGGGCAGCUAUGGUGUAGUCGGGUGUCCCAACGACGCCCUGGCCCUGACAAACUGUCUCAUUGUCCACCCCUCUGACUUCUCUUCCGGCCAACAUGUUCUUGUCAAGCAGGCCUUUCCCCUGACUACCCGCCAUGAUAACACGAGCACCCUGCAGCCUGGCACAGUAGGCGUUUCGUCGUCCCAGCGGCAGUGGAUAGGGCUGUCCCUCACCGGCGACGAGGUCACUGUAGAACCUCUCCAGUCCCCUCCCUUCCUGCAAUCACUGGAUCUCGAAGUAGGCUUCAUGCGCAAGGGCACUGAGAUCGCAGAACAGUACUCGGCAGACGAAAUGGCUCACAAUUUCUUAAGAGCCUACAACGGCUCAGUGUUUGCUGCUGGAGAGCUGCUGGCCUUCGAAUUCCAUGGCCAGCAUCUUAAAGCGACCGUCAAGGGUGUGGCUCCUCUUGACCUACAAGGAGGCCAAGAACGGGCUAACUAUGGAGUUGUAAUGGAUCAGACGGAUGUCACGUUCAUGAAGGCUCCUAACAGCGCAAUCAAACUGAAGGCGAGCGCGAAGAAGCCACCACCCAAUUCCAUCCUUACACCGAACUUCAAGUUUGAAGAUAUGGGUAUCGGAGGUUUGGACCAGGAGUUUGGAGCAAUAUUCCGUCGUGCCUUUGCAUCGCGUGUGUUCCCUCCGGGACUGGUAGAGAAGCUCGGCAUUCAGCACGUCAAAGGUAUCCUCCUGUAUGGCCCUCCGGGCACGGGUAAAACACUCAUGGCCCGUCAAAUCGGCAAAAUGUUGAAUGCCCGAGAACCGAAGAUUGUCAAUGGACCUGAAAUUCUGAACAAGUUCGUUGGUCAGUCUGAAGAGAAUAUCCGUAAAUUGUUUGCCGAUGCGGAGAAGGAGUACAAAGAGAAGGGCGACGAGAGUGAUCUACAUAUCAUCAUUUUCGACGAGUUGGAUGCCAUCUGCAAACAGCGUGGUUCGACGCAAGGCGGGACCGGUGUAGGAGACAGUGUCGUCAACCAGCUCCUGUCCAAGAUGGACGGUGUAGACCAACUCAACAAUAUCCUCCUUAUCGGUAUGACAAACAGGCUGGACAUGAUCGACGAGGCGCUCCUGCGUCCCGGCCGUCUGGAGGUGCACAUGGAGAUCUCGUUGCCCGACGAGAAGGGUCGGCUGCAGAUCCUGAAUAUCCAUACCGCGAAAAUGAGGUCGAACGGUGUGAUGGACGACGACGUUGAUUUGGUGGAGCUGGCUGCGCUGACGAAGAACUUUUCUGGCGCUGAAAUCAAUGGUCUGGUGAAGGGUGCGACGAGUUUCGCAUUCAACAGGCACGUCAAGGUUGGUACAAUGGCCGGUAUCUCUGACGAUGUCGAGAACAUGAGAGUGAACCGGAACGACUUCAUGAAUGCCCUUGAGGAAGUACAUCCCGCCUUCGGUGUCUCUGAGGAAGAGCUCCAGCAGGUCGUCCAGAACGGCAUCAUACAUUAUGACGGGAUUGUCGACGAGAUUCUACGGACAGGCGAGCUGUUUAUCGACCAGGUCCGCACAUCGUCGCGAACACCCCUGGUGUCGAUUCUGCUCCAUGGACCGAAGGGCUCCGGCAAGACUGCGCUUGCGGCAACCAUCGCACAAGCGUCUCAAUUCCCUUUCAUCAAGUUAUUGACACCGGACAAUAUGGUCGGUUACUCGGAAGGGCAGAAGGUCGCUGCUAUCAACAAGGUGUUCACGGACAGCUACAAGAGUCCGUUGAGUGUCAUUGUAGUGGACAGCAUUGAGAGGCUCCUCGAUUUCGCGCCGAUUGGACCAAGAUUCUCGAAUGCAGUCCUGCAAGCCUUGUUGGUUCUCUUCUCUCGACGUCCACCCAAGGGACGACGCCUGCUGGUGAUCGCCACUACUUCAGUGCGGUCCGUAUUCCCGGAACUCGGGCUUUCGGACGCGUUCGACUCGGAACUCCACGUCCCCCCGAUUUCCUCAUUACGUGCGCUCGACAAGGUGUUCCGCGAAGUCGAGCUGUUCCAGUCCAGUGACGACCGGAGGAGGGCGAUUGCUAUGCUCCAGCAGGCAGGUCUCGGGGACGAGGGCGAGGACGGUGUCUCACGGCUCAAUAUCGGCAUUAAGAAGCUAUUGAGUGUCAUCGAGAUGGCGAGACAAGAGCCUGAAGCCGUGGGUGAGCGGCUGACUUCGGCGUUGAUGGGUCUUGGAAUGUAAGCCCUAUGGACAUCACUCUUAUCAUUCAUUAGAGUAUAGGAUUGCAUAUACGCUGGAACCUGUACGCAUACUUCAUCGCCAAUACAUGGAUACGAUAGCUCGC